AUGCAACGCGCCACCACCAAACUCCGAAAACUGCUCCAGGAUUCGGGUAUCAUCAUGGCCCCCGGGGCUUAUGACUGCCUCACCGCCCGCAUUAUCCAGAAUGCCGGUUUUGGGGCCGUCUAUAUGACCGGGGCCGGAACCUCGGUGGCAACGCUGGGCUACCCCGACCUGGCCCUGGCAACCAUGAGCGAGAUGGUGGGCAACGCCGCCGACAUUGCGGCCACGGUGGACGUGCCGGUAAUCGCCGACGCAGAUACGGGCUAUGGCGGCAUAUUAAACAUCCAGCGCACCAUCCGCCAGUACCAGCGGGCCGGCGUAGCUGCGGUACAUAUCGAGGACCAGGAGUUUCCCAAGCGGUGCGGCCACCUGGACAACAAGCGGGUCAUUGGCAUUGAUGAAAUGGUGGGCAAGAUCAAGGCGGCGGUCGAUGCCCGCACCGACGACGAUUUUGUCAUCAUUGUCCGCACCGAUGCCCUGGCAGUUACCGGCUGGGACGACACCAUGCGCCGCUGCGAGGCAUUCACCAGGGCCGGGGCUGACGUACUCUUUGUGGAAGCGAUCCGGUCCCACGAGGAAGCGGAACAGGUGGUGGCCUCGGUGGAACUGCCCCUGCUGUACAACUACGUGGAAACGGGCAAGUCGCCCCUGUUCACCGCCCGGGAGUUGGAGCAGUUGGGCUUCAAGCUGGUUAUCUACCCGGCCAGCGCGCUGCUUACGGUGAGCAAGGUCGUGGCCGUGCUGAUGGAAGAAUUGAAGGCCAAAGGCACCACGGCGCACCUGGUGGACAACAUGAUCAGCCUGCACCAGUGCUUCGAGCUUAUGGGACUGUCGGAAAUGCUUGCCACCGACGAAAACUACUCCGCCGCAGCUAUGGAGGCGGGGCGGUGA